AUGAAAGCGGCCCCUAACUCACGUGUAUUUCUCUCACGAUCUUCUACCGCGACAAGCCCUUGCCUUUCUCCACCCAGCUCCCAACUCCAACGUCCAGUUCGUAACAUGUCAGAAAGGAACUGUACAAAACGAAAACGCGUCGACCAUGGCGACACAGAUGCUUUAGACAGCCCCUCAUCGACAAAGAAUAGCAUGCCUUUUACGACAGCACAAAAACAAUAUCGCGUCCACUCCUCACUCCUGGCACACAAGUCAACAGUAUUUUCGGAUAUGUUCUCUCUACCACAACCAGCUGAACUCGGAGCUGGUGAAUCACUGGUGGACGGAUGCCCUCUCGUCUUUUUGCAGGACUCAAAGGAGGACGUCAGAAACCUGCUCGAUUUGCUCUAUGACCCCUUAAAAGUGCACACCCUUGAGGGACGGAUCUCCUUCUCGGUUGUCGCGACGAUGCUCCGCAUGGGCAGGAAAUAUGACUUCAAGACUCUCUGGGAUCGUGGCACCGCUCUCCUCCAACGCGAUUACCCAGCCACUCUUUCCAAGUGGGAUUCAAAGCCCAAACCUCUCAUUGCACGCAGGUCUGGACUCACAUUUGAUGUUGCGGCCCUAGCCCAUGAACUCGACCUCAAGUACAUCCUUCCCUCCGUCUAUCUGUCGAUGUUCACGGAGUACAAUAUGGAUGCCAUCCGCGAGGGUUUCGCCACGCGAUCAGAUUUCCUCACCUCAGACGAUCUCAUUUCGUGUCUCACCGCACGCGAAAAGCUGCACAAGGCAGUCACACAGAAUAUCUUGGACUGGCUACAUGAUGACGACUUCCUGAACAAGCACGAUUUUGACUCGCUUAUGCUCUGCAUGGAGGUGCUAGGCCGCCAGGCAAGAGCGGUGUUGACCGAUGAUAUUUCUGAAAACCUGGAGUAUCUUACGACAAAGUGGUCCAAAUCCAAGUUGGGUUCAGGAUUGUGUCCGAAAUGUAGCUCUGAUGCAAGGAGAGAAUACGAAAAUGGACGGAGCAUGAUGUGGAAUGAGCUACCAUCGUACUUUGGAUUAGAGGAAGAUGAGGACGAGGAUGGGGACGAGGACGAAGACGAGGAGCAAUGA